CCUUAACCCCACAACACGCAUCCCUCUCUUUGCUUAAGAACAAGAGGCGGUUCAGAUGUCGAAGAUCUUUCCAUUUGGAGCCCACAUUGCCUUCACCAUUCUUCUCCUAUCGUCGGCGGCGAUGUCGGGUUGCGACGGACUUCAAACGGAUCCUUUUCCUUCGAGCUCUCACUCACGCGAACAGGCGGGUGUCAAUGGAGACCACAUCGACAACGUCGCGAAGGAAAAGAUGAAGGAAGAAGUCGGGGCGGAGUUGUUCCCGAUGGGGUCGAGCCUGCCGGACUGCUCGCACGCGUGCGGGCCGUGCGUGCCGUGCAAGAGGGUGAUAGUGAGCUACAGGUGCUCGGCCGAGUCGUGCCCGGUGGUCUACCGGUGCAUGUGCAAGGGCAAGUAUUACCACGUCCCUUCCCAUUGAUCAAGGCUGAGGGCAUCGAGGGAUAAUCAUGGUUCCGGGUUUCCCCGUUUAAUUCGCUUAGAAUUGCUUUCGUAAUCGACUAAUGAAAAUGUUUUUUGCAUGCAAAUAUUUCGGGUGAGCUUUUUUCUAUCUGUUUUCCGAAUGGGAAAUCCAUUUCAGAC